CGGCCUCGCGUGCGUACCGUACCGGCAGCCACAGCACUCAUCUCUUUCGCAAGUUGGCGUGCCGCAGUUUUCUAUUAACCGACGCGGCCGCGCACCGCGCGCUGCGCUGGUGCGCGCGGCCACCGGCUAGUUGUUCACCCCAGCCCGCACCUGUCUCUCCAGCAACCAGCAGGCUGCGGUGCUCUCGCUCGCGGGCUUGCUUCCUUGGAUCACUAGCUAGCUGCGUCGUGCGCCUAUUUCUUUCUCGGGCCGGUCGGUUAGCCGCCCGCCCGAGGCUGAUCUGUCCUCGCGCAGGCAUUGACUUUGCCCAGGCGAGCGAGGCCGAGGCGCACGCACGUCUGCCAGCGAUGGACGCGGCGGGCAUGGCGGCAGGCGCGCCGAUACCGGCGCCGGACGCGUCGUCGUCCCCGCCUCCGUACGACGGCAACGGCACGGCGGCGUUCCCGAUCGCCAUCGUCAUCGCGAUCGGGUUCAUGGUCACCUCGCUCAUCCUCAUCAGCUACUACUUCCUCGUCGUCCGCUGCUGGCUCCGCGGCGGGGGGCCCGGGUCCGGCGUGCUCCUCCACCGCGCGCGCCGCGAGGAUCGACACCUGGUGGAGCGCGUCUCGGCGGUGUUCUUCACCGACCACGAGGCCGCCGAGCUCCCCGGCGGGCUCGACCCGGACGUCGUCGCCGCGCUCCCCGUCGUCAGGUACCACCGCCGCCGGGCGAAGGACUCCGCGUCCGCGUCCGAGUGCGCCGUGUGCCUGGGCGAGUUCGCGCCCGGGGAGCGGCUCAAGCAGCUGCCCACCUGCUCCCACGCCUUCCACAUCGACUGCAUCGACACCUGGCUCCACCACAACGUCAGCUGCCCGCUCUGCCGCACCGUCGUCACCGGCGGCGCCGUCCUCCCCUUCGCGCGCGACGACCACGGCGACGCGUCCUGCCGCGACCUGCAGCUCGGGGAUGGGCGGCGCAUCUACGACGCCGCGGGAAGGGUCGGGUACGGGAGCUCCUGCAGGUUCCCGACCAAGACCGGCGCCGCCGCGCAGGAGCCCAUCACGCGCUCCUUCUCCAUGGACUGCUUCGCGGGCGGCCUCGGCCGGAAGCCGCAGACCAAGGAGCCUUCUACUGCUGGCAGCUCUGGGGAGGCCGGCCCGAGCCUUGCCGCCGCCGGCAGCAGCAACGUCGUCGCUGACCGCGGCGCUGGCGAGACGAGCGGCCGGUUCCGGCGGCUUCUGUCAUCGUUCGGGCUCGGCCGGAGCUCGCGGAGCACGGUGCUGCCGAUCCACCUCGAUCAACCUCGAUCCCUUGAGCCUUGAUCGGUCUCGAUUAACCCGUCCCCGCACUUGCUCGCUUCAUUGAUGAUUGGAUUGAGUCGUGUCGUGUGCAUGCGAUGUACAGCCAUAGAGGAGAGACUUCGCUUCUUGUUUACAGAGAUUAGUUCUUGCAUCAAUCUCGCGUGUUCCUGUGCACAUUGUCCUCGUGUUCGUACUUGAUGGAUCCGGAUCCGUGCUUGUUGGUGCACCAGAUGUCGUCGGAUGACAUGUCAACUAGUGCAACAUUGCCAUUGCCAUUGCCAUUUCG